AUGAGACCAGAACGAUCAUCAGCACAGCUUUGUCUCGUGGCAUGUCUCCUCUUCGUCGUUUUCGAGUUCCAGCAGCACAAUUGGGAGAUGGGGUUGAUACAUCUGCAAAGUGGGAUCGAGUUGAUCAAAGAGGUCAGCCCUGCGUCAAAGAAGUCCUCAACUUCAUCAAGGCGACCCCUUGAGCCCCUCAAGGAAGCCUUCGAACGACUCGAUAUUCAGACCUGCCUGUACACCUCGAGACAGAUACAGCUUGUACCAGCUACAGAACAUGCGAUCAUGCCACAGCUCCCCGCCUUAUCGCCUUUCAGCAAUGUUCAAGAAGCGUGUCAGCUCCUCGAGAUUCUAGUGGCAGCUAUGCAAGAGCUCACGCGAGCGGUCAAAGAACACAUGUUCCCUUCCGAAGGCGUAUCAGCCGAUGUGCAUGCGAAUCUCCAAGUCCAGCUCACCCGACAGCUCCUUUCCCUCGCUCGUUGGCAACAAUCAAUGGAUACACUAUGGUUGACACUCUCCUCCGACCAAGACCGGAAAGCGGCAAAGGCCCUUCAAGUACAACGUCUAAGCUGCAAACUAGUAGUAUCAAACAGCCUCAGCAACGGUCAUGAAUCACUAUGGGACAGCUUUCACGAGGACUUUACGCAGCUUUUAUGCCGCGCAGGAGACUUUGUCGCCAUGGGCAGCACAGUCGACAAAGACACUCCAGCCUCCACUCUGGACGUCGGAGUAAUACCAGCUCUCUACCUUACAGCCAUGAAGUGCCGUGAUCCUUUCCUCCGACGGCACGUAGCAACCCUUCUACGCAAGUGCAAGAGUCAGGAAGGGCCAUGGUACGGGCCACAGCAAGCGCAACUAGCCGAGCAAUGCCAGAAAGCAGCCGAUUGUAUCAAGCUUGGUAUGACUUACGCAAAGAUUCACGAACCGUAUAUUGCAAGCGGAGAUGCUUUGAGGGGGAUGGUCGAUGGGUUGAGUCUAUGA